UUUGUACUGCGUAGAUCUGACUGCACAGCAAGCAGCAGACGUAAUCACUUGUAACAUACAGCUGUCUUAAAAAUCCUGGAUCCACCUCCCCGGAUUGCUUAUCAGGAACGUGUUCCUUGGACUGUUACCUGCACAAAUAAUCAGCACACUUCCUUGGAACAGGACACACGGUGUUUACUAGCAGAGGGAUCAACAUGCCGAGGAUCCUGGGGAUAGAGUUAGCUCCCCUCCACAUACCGAUGGAGCGGCGACUACAGACUCUGGCUGUGCAGCAAUGGACGCUAUCCUUCUUGUUCCUGGGCUUUGGAUGUCUGAUUCUGAUGAUUUACCUAUUGUUCACGUCAUUAUAUUGGAUUCCCGUAUGUUACCUGGUGUACUACCUAUACGACAGGAAGACCUCGGCCCGAGGCGGCAGAAGAUGGCAGUGGAUCCGGGAAUGGCCCGUUUGGAAAUAUUUUCAGCAAUACUUUCCUAUAACUUUGAUUAAAACAGUGGAGUUAGACCCAAAGAAGAACUAUAUAAUGGGGUUUCAUCCCCAUGGAAUUCUUAGUGUCAGUGCUUUCUGCCAUUUUGCGACGGAAGGGUCGGGAUGGAGUAAAAUAUUUCCAGGAAUAACGCCGUAUUUACUGGUACUUCCGGGCCAUUUCCAGUUUCCGGUUUACAGAGAUUACUUCAUGGCUGGUGGAGCAGUGGAAGCGUCAUCAGAGAGCAUGAAAUUUCUUCUAACGAAGCACGGAACCGGAAAUGCACUCGGUCUCGUGGUGGGCGGGGCAUUAGAAGCGUUGGAAGCUUUUCCCGGAAAAUUUAAUUUAAAGCUUGCUAAGAAAAAAGGUUUCAUCAAAGUGGCACUCACAACGGGGGCAUGUUUAGUUCCCAUAUUUUCUUUUGGUGAACACGAAUUGUUCGUACAAGCGGAGAAUCCCGAGGGGUCCCGAUUGAGAAAUAUUCAAAACUGGCUAACGAAAUACACCGGAUUUUCUCCCCCUGUUUUUCACGGCAGAGGCAUGUUCAACUAUACGUUUGGUCUUGUUCCAUAUAGAAUCCCAGUUUACACCGUGGUUGGAGCUCCAAUAGAGGUACAAAAGGACGACAACCCAUCCCAAGAGAAGAUCGACGAACUUCAUAAAACUUACCUAAAGGAAUUAGAAAAGCUGUUUGAGACACACAAGACCAAGUAUGGUGUCGCCGAAGACAAACAUAUACAUUUCAUUGAAUGAUACGGCGGACAUUGGCCUUGAUGUUGCCAUUAUGUCCUAGGAUAUGUUCCGAUUCCACUGCAUACAGACCAGCAUAUAUGCUCUUUGUGCUUUAUAAGUGUAUUGAGACGUUACGAAUGCAUAAUAUAAAUGCAUUUUUUUUCAUACAUUGCCUAUUAUAAAUCAAUCAAGCAUAAA